AUUAGCAUGUGUUUGGUGUCACGUGUGUGUGUGUGCGUCUUGAUUGCAAGCGUGUGACUCCUGUCGGGCCCAGCGCAGGGAAGAGUGGGAGAAUGCCACCCAUUGUCUGUGUUGAUGAUGUGGAGUAGACGGUUGGUGGAUUUGCAGUUGGGCAUCAACGUGGCGGCUUUGGUGCGAAGGAGCUGGUGUUUGCUCUGCGCCAUGCUGCUGCUCAACGUGUUGGUGUGUUGCAUCCUUGCGACUCUUAGCUGGAAACUUCGCCAGGACCAAAGCGGACUCCUCAAGCUGGUUUCUGCGCGAUCCGGGAACUGGUCGGGCCCAUCCUUCUGGAACACCGAGCAGCGGCGGCUGAACCUCAUGGGGCCUCGGGACUCGUGCGAAGCGGACCGCAGAGUUGUCGCGCAGCAGGUUUGGGACUACAAUGCACUGCCUCGCCGCCUCCAGGACUUUCUGCUAUACAUCCAUUGCAGGAAGUCCAGUGUGCUUCAGGUUCCAGGUCCGGGGGGCCGGCCGCCGGAUCUUUUCCUGCUGCUUGUCGUCAAGUCUCUGGUGCCGCAUUUCGGGCGGCGGCAGGCCAUCCGCCAGACGUGGGGCCGCGCCGGCGUCCUGGCCAACCGCACAGUGGCCACCGUCUUCCUGCUGGGACAGAUGUCGCCCGAGGACCAUUACCCAGACCUGCGAGGCAUGUUGGGCAAGGAGGCGGCGCUUCACCGGGACCUGCUCCAAUGGGAGUUCAGGGACACGCCCCUCAACUCGAGCCUGAAGGAGACGCUCUUCCUGCAGUGGUUUCAUCGCAAUUGUCCGUGGACCCGGUUUGUCCUGGAGGCCCGUGACGACAGUUUCAUCAACACGUUCCAAGUGUUGGACUUCCUGGAGACUCUGCCGCGUGCCAGCAGCAACUUCCUGUUCAUCGGUGAUGUCGUCGACGAUGGACGGCCACCCAGAGACCGGGCCCUUUUGGACUUCGUUCCGCCGAGCAUUUUCACAGGAGCGUAUCCGCCCUACGCUGCGUCCGGGGGUUUUCUGCUCUCUGGGGAGGUGGCCGUACGUCUUCACAACGUCUCGCGACGCGUCCUUCUGUUCCCGGUCCACGAUGUCUACAUGGGACUGUGCCUCCGCGAGCUGGGUCUGGUCCCACAGAAGCACCCGGGUUUCGCCACGCUCCUCGUCCGCCCCGACCACGACGAUGACAAGGAGCGUGGCGAGGUUGUGUGCGUGGAAAGGAGCUUGAUGGUGGUGAGCGGUCACACGCCGCAGGAGAUACUCAGGAUGUGGAGCACCGCGGGGGGGCGGCUCUGCCAGGCAACGGCUACACAAGAACAUGCACAUGCACUUAAUUAGGUACAAUGGCUAAGCACUUCCAAUGCAAAACGAAAACACGCAAUUGAUGAUGUCAUAUUGACAAAGACAUUGAAUAUUAAUGUCAUAUUAGAAAAAAACUCAAAUGUUGAUGUGAUAUUAGUACAAAUUGAAUAUUGAUGAUUUCAUUAAUGUCAUAGUAAAGAUGUCAGCUAUUGAUGAUGUAAACAGUUGCAUAUUGAUUGUCAUUUUAACAGACGAUUAUUGAUGAUGUUAGUGGUGAAGAUUGAAGAAGUGGUGGAAUAUUGAUGUUAUAGUAGUCAAGUCCUUUAGCGUUGAUGAUGCCAUAUUAAUGACAUUAUCUUGUUUCUAAAAUAAACAUGCUAUGCAUUAAUAAUUAGUGUUAAAUAUGAUUAAUAAAUAACAUUGUCGAGGA